AUGGCCGAGGGCGGCGGGGGCGCGCGAAGGAGGGCUCCGGCGCUGCUGGAGGCAGCCCGUGCACGGUACGAAAGCCUGCACAUCUCGGACGAUGUGUUCGGCGAGUCGGGCCCGGACAGCGGCGGGAACCCCUUCUACAGCACCUCCGCAGCCUCACGCUCCUCCUCGGCCGCCUCCUCGGACGAUGAGCGUGAGCGCCCCGCGCCUCCGGGGACCGCCCCGCUACCCCACGCCGCGGAUCCCUUGGAAGUGGAGGAGGACGAGACCAGUGAGGGCUGGAGCGCCGUGCUGAGGGAUCGCCCGCCCCCGCGCUUCGAGGACACCGGUGGUCCAACCAGAAAGAUGCCGCCCAGCGCCAGCGCGGUGGACUUCUUCCAGCUCUUUGUCCCAGACAACGUGCUCAAGAACAUGGUGGUACAGACCAACAUGUAUGCCAGGAAGUUCCAGGAGCGAUUUGGCAGUGACGGUGCCUGGGUGGAGGUGACUCUGGCAGAGAUGAAGGCCUUCCUGGGCUACGUGAUCUCUACCAGUGUCUCGCACUGUGAGUCCGUACUCAGCAUCUGGAGUGGAGGUUUCUAUAGCAACCGGAGCCUCGCCCUCGUCAUGAGCCAGGCCCGCUUUGAGAAGAUCCUCAAGUACUUCCAUGUUGUGGCCUUCCGUUCCAGCCAGACCACGCAUGGGCUCUACAAGGUCCAGCCCUUCCUUGACUCCCUGCAGAGUGGCUUUGAUGCUGCUUUCAGGCCAUCUCAGACCCAGGUGCUACAUGAACCCCUGAUUGACGAGGACCCUGUGUUCAUUGCCACGUGCACGGAGCGAGAGCUGAGGAAGAGGAAAAAGCGGAAAUUCAGCCUGUGGGUCCGCCAGUGCUCUUCCACCGGGUUCAUCAUCCAGAUCUAUGUCCACCUAAAGGAAGGCGGUGGCCCAGAUGGCCUGGAUGCUCUGAAGAACAAGCCACAGCUGCACAGCAUGGUGGCCCGGAGCCUGUGCAGGAACGCGGCCGGGAAGAACUAUAUCAUCUUCACAGGGCCCAGCAUCACCAGCCUCAAUCUGUUUGAAGAAUUUGAGAAGCAAGGGAUCUACUGCUGUGGCCUCCUCAGCUCCAGGAAGAGUGACUGCACAGGUCUCCCUCCAUCCAUGCUGACCAACCCUGCCAUCCCACUUGCCAGAGGCCAGCACCAGAUCAGGACAAAGGGCAACAUGUCUCUGAUCUGCUGGUACAACAAGGGGCACUUCCGUUUCCUGACCAACGCCUACUCCCCUGUGCAGCAAGGCGUCAUCAUCAAGCGGAGGAGUGGGGAAAUCCCCUGCCCUCUGGCCGUGGAGGCCUUUGCUGCUCACCUCAGCUACAUCUGCAGAUACGACGACAAAUACAGCAAGUAUUUCAUCUCUCACAAGCCAAACAAGACGUGGCAGCAAGUGUUCUGGUUCGCCAUCAGCAUCGCUGUCAACAACGCGUACAUCCUGUACAAAAUGUCAGAUGCCUACCACGUGAGGAGGUACAGCCGGGCACAGUUCGGGGAGAGACUUGUCAGGGAGCUGCUGGGCCUGGAGGAAGACACAUCACCAGCCCACUGAGACUGUCGGCCCCGGGGUGUCAGGGACAAGGAAGGAGCCUGUCACCUGCCUGACCGCUGGAGGGCCCAUGUGUGGUCAGAGGUCUGCUUUCUGCGUCACCCCCACAAAGGGUGGCUCCCCGGAGCCUGAUACAGGUGAUUGGAUGGGCUGUGACCUCGGAAAGUACCAGCAAUAGGACCAGUGGACCGUGCUCUGCUUUCCAGAGCUUGAAAGAUCGUGAUGGGCUCAAGUUCAGACCAGGCAAGCUUACAAAACGGACCACUCGGUGCCACCCAUCCGCACUCGGGGUGUUGGGGUCCCAGCGCUCUCCCGUGGGAUCCGCCUAGAUGGCUCCUUUAGAAGAAGAGACGCAAUGUGGUGCCAUUAAAACUCAGAGCCAACGGGAUGGGAGCGGCUGCAGCUUGUUGACUAUAAACAGGGUGUUCCUGUUCUAUCCUCCAGGGGGCUACGGCGAGCAGGGCGAGGAGGGGAGAGCGAUGCCGUUUUUUGUUUUGUUUUGUUUUCAUUAUAUCUUCAGGUUAAUUCCUUACUGUUGCUUAAGGUCUACUGUGAACAAAUGUGUCCGUCCCCACCCCCCCUCCGACACCACACACCCUCACAGCUUCCUGCAUGAUCACAGUUCUGUGUCUGGCCUGUGGCAGGGUAGGAAGGGCUGCUGGCUUCCAGGACCAGAUAUGGCUAGGGGUAUCAAGGCCUGGGGAGCCUGCAGGCUGAAUACUCUGUCACCUUGUCACUGUUGGCAGAAUUACCUGUCUUUAAACUAUGUAGCAUCAUGAAAACAAAAUUCUUCACCGCCCUCUGUCUGUGGGGAUGGGGUCCCCCUGAAAGGCACAGCAGCAUUAAGAAGCCCUGGCUGGGGACUGGCCCAGGCAGGAAAGCAUGUGGGACCUCCCACAGACCCAGGUCCUUCCCACCAGAGGUUGACACAUCUCCAUGGAGCCCAGGCCCCAAGAUGGGCCCACUGUCCCCACAGAUGGGAAACAAGGAUUUUCUACACCUUGCAUCCCUUCCUCCCGAUCUCACAGCCACCUAAUGUCCUCAGAUGGAGAAUGUCCUCAGUGGGGGCUUUGGGGACACUCCUUCAUUCAUUCAGUGAGCUGAUGUGUGGCUGGCAGGAUGUUCUCCACACCUUGUCACAUCUGUGUCCUCCCUCUCCACAAGCACCCUCGCCUGUGGUGGGACCCACGUUGCCACAGAUCCUAGGCCAACUUCAGUUUGUGUGUGAGAUAACCUUUGCUGAACCCUUAGUCGGAUCAAAAGCACUUUUACCACAUGGAGAAAUAUAUUUUUAAUUUGUGAUGCUUUUCUACGAGGUCCACUCUUUCUGAGUUCAGGUGUUUCCAACACUUAGGGAGACUAAUGAAGGCCAAUGACUUUUUUCUUUUCUGUCCAAACAAGAAAAAUAAAAAUAAAAGUCUAUUUAGAUGUUGGCUGCUAGUAUGUGGCUUUGUUUCAAAGGUCAGAGUUAGAAAGUUAGAACUUGCUUUCCCACUGUGUGACCUGGUACGCAUGGGCUGAACUGUUCUUGGAAUCUU